GCUUUAGACGCCCCGGCUGUGUCCCUGCUCCACGCGAGCUUCGCUCCGGAGCUGCCCAGGGCUCCUUUCAGCCUGCUUUGCUCACACCGGGGCUGCUCCCGGGGCACCGGGAGCCGGGGAUGUUCCGUGGGGGCUGCGGGUGAAGAUUUGGGGGGGGUCUGGGGCGCUCAGGGGGUGCAGGUCUGCGGGCGCUCUGGGCUCCGUGGGUGCCGCCGGGGGUCCACGGAUGCGGCCGGGGGAGCUCUGUGGAGGUCCGUAGGUCCCGCUCACGGGUCCGCGGGUGCCGCCAGCCCCCGGUGAUCCCGGUGCCGGUAUCCCUUUGCCCCCCGCCGCCCCAUCCCCGCCGCCCGAGCGGGACCGGUCCCGCCCCGUUCCGGUGACGGCGCGGGCGGGCCGGAAGCGCGGGGGGGACGCGGCGGCCCCGCUCCUGUCCCGGUGCUCCCGUCCCGGUGCUCCUGUCCCGUCCCGGUCCCAGCCCGGCACCGCCAUGCGCAAGUUCUUCCAGGAGAUCAAGGCCGACCUGAAGUUCAAGACGGCGGGGCCCGGGCAGAAGCUCUCGGAGCCGUCCCGGGCCCCCAGGGAGAAGCCCAAAGCCGAGGUGGCCCCGAAGCCCCGUCAGGCCCCGACGGAUGAGGCGCAGAGAGCGGCGGCCGCGGCGCUGGCCCGGCUGGAGCUGAAGCCCAAGGGAAAGGCACCGUCCGCCUCCCAGGAGGCCAUCAAGAGCCAGGUGAGAAAAGAGCUGAUGGCCGAGGCAGCUGCCAGCGAGAAGGGGCUCUCCAUGGAGGAAAAGCAGCAGGAGGAGGAAGGGGCAGCUGCUCCCUCUGUCUCGGGGGUUUAUUUCAUUUGCCCCUUGACUGGUGCCAUUGUGAGGAAAGACCAGAAGGAAAAGCAGCUCCGAGAAGCCAUCCAGGCAUAUUUCUCUGUGGAUCCAGUGGCUGCUUCCAUCAUGGAGAUCCACACCUUCAACAAGGACCGGGAGAAGGUCCGGGUGUGCGUGGAGACCAUGGCCAAGUACCUGGAUAACAUCUAUCUCCAUCCAGAGGAGGAGAAAUACCGGAAAAUCAAACUGCAGAACAAGGUGUUUCAGGAAAGGAUAAGCUGCUUGGAAGGGACACACAAAUUUUUCCAGGCUGUCGGGUUUGAGACAAAAACACUGCCUGUUCCAGGACAAGAGACCAUGGAGGAGUUCUACGUGCUGAAGGAGGAGGUGCUGAGCAGGCUGGAAGAGCUGAAGGAGCGCAAGGAGCAGCUGCUGAGCUCGGAGCCCGUGCGGGCGCAGCUGCACCGGCAGCUCGCGCUCUUCCAGCCGUCGCCCGCGGCCGCGCGCUUCGAGCUGCCCCACGACUUCUUCAACCUCACUGCAGAGGAGCUCCGGAGGGAGCAGCGGCUCCGGACAGAGGCGGUGGAGAAGGCGUCGAUGCUGAGGACCAGAGCCAUGCGCGAGAAGGACGAGCAGAGGGAGAUGAGGAAGUACAACUACACCCUGCUGCGGGUGCGCUUCCCCGAUGGAUACAUCCUCCAAGGGACUUUUUAUGCCCGAGAAUCAGUAUCUGUGCUCUACAACUUUGUGAGAGAAGCACUCAGAGAUGACUGGCUGCCCUUUGAGCUCCUGGGACCUGGAGGUCUCAAACUGACUGAUGAGAACUUGGCCUUCAAUGAAUGUGGGUUGGUGCCCUCGGCCCUGCUGAGCCUGGCCUGGGACGCCGCGGUCAUGGCAGACGUGGAGGCGGCGGCGGAGGAGCAGCGCAGCCCCCUCAGGCCCGAGCUGCUGGCCAGGGCCCAGACCCUGUCCUGAAAUAAAGGGCAGUGCCUCCAGUGCUGCUGGCUUUAGACUCGUCCCUCCUUUUUCCCAGGACUGCUGGAGCGACGUGAGCUCGCAGGUGGCUUUGGUUUAGCUCUGCAGAGGGGCUGGACGCUGCUGUCCCCUCCCAGCUCCAGGCUCACAGGUGGCCUCUCCCAGUGGCUCCUCCGAGGGGCUUUCAACACCAAACUUGGAGCAGGGACUGCCUGAGGUGCUCCCAAGGCGGUGGUGGAGCAGGGAUUAGGGGCUGUUAGGCUGGAUUACCAACCUGAGCCUGGGUAGGGGGCUGGGUUUAGAACUCAGCUUCCUGUUCUGUGUGCACUGUAACUCCUCUUGGAGAGAAGCUGUUUGGAUAAAGUUACACUUAGUCUGAUUAAAUGGAACUAUUUAAAGACUCA